AUGAAGUAUUUGAUAAAUUGCAAUAUGGCGGACGACCAAGCAACAAAAAUGUCCAAUACAAAUACUACUGAGGUAUUUAAAACAACUUCUCGUGGUAGGGCUACGAAAGCGACAUGUGUUUUAAAUAAAGGAACUAAUGUUAUAUCUUCAUAUCCACUUGCAUUGGUCUCACGCAAAGAAUUUCACCAAAAAAUUUGCGAUGUUUGUUUUCUGAAAGAGAAAUUACAUCGCUGCUCUAAGUGUAGAAUGGUGUACUACUGCAAUGCACACUGCCAGAAAAAAGCAUGGUCAAUGCACAAGCUUGAAUGCAAAUACCUAAAAAAAAUAUCUCCUACAAUGCCUACCGAUACGGUCCGCCUCACGGCUUUAUUAUUGUUGGCAAGUGAAAAAUCUGAUUACACAAAGGAUCUAGAGAGCAAUUCUGCACAGAUACGAGAAAAUGCAGGCGAAAUGUUUGCUUCUAUGAUAGAAGUCAUACGGCGUUAUCUAGAUGGCGCUUCACAUUGGAGCCGUGAAUCAAUGUUUGAACUGCUUUGUAAAGUUAACUGCAACGCAUUUACAGUAUGCGAUGAAGAAAACAAACCUUUAGGUCUCGGCCUGUACCCAACUGUGGCAUUUCUCAACCAUUCGUGUGCCCCAAACUGUAUCGUCGUUUUCGAUGGUCCAAAAUGCAACAUACGUAACAUUUGUAAGAUUGAAAAGGACCAGGAGCUUUGCAUUAGUUACACAGAACUGUUACGACCUCCAGCAGAACGACGUCAAUACCUCAAGGAGCAUUACUACUUCGAUUGUUGGUGUUCGCGUUGCCUACAUGAAGUAAAACACGGCACAGAAAUGAACGCUGUGAAAUGCCGAAAUGACGAAUGUAAACAAGGAGUUGGCUUUCGACCAGAUUAUACCAUCGACAAAAAAUGUCCGCAGUGUGGUUCCAUCGUCCCUGAAACUUACAAAUCGUCGCGCGUUCAAAAUCUUUACACUAAAAUCGAGAGCACGUUCGCAAAAAUGAACGAAAAGUUUCGCAAGUGGAAAUAUUUUAGAAACUGUACGAGUUUUCGAGACGUUGCUAAGCGAAGCGGGAAGACGUUACAUUGUUUCAAUUAUCAAGUCGUAAAGAUUUUAGAUAAGAUAUCUGACUUGUGUAUCGAUUCUCAACAGUGGAACAAAGCUCUUGAAUAUUGCGAAAGGUCUCUUCAGGGGUAUUUGAAAUUUUAUCCCAAGUAUCAUCCAAGCACUGCACUUCAACUUUAUAGGAUAGGUAAGCUACAGCUGUACCUGGAUAACAUAGACAAUGGCCUAGAAUCUUUGUUACAAACAAGAGCAUUACUUCAUGUUAUAUACGGCAUGGAUCACUCAAUGGUUAAUCAACUUAACAAAGUCAUACAAGAAACAGUUGAAGAAAAGAUGAUGUUAGAAAGAUAUUAGAAAGCGUUAUCAAAAUACUUGCUUUAAAACUUUUUACAUCUUUGCGUUCGAUUUCAUAUUAGUUACAUUUAAAGAUUAUGCAAACUUUUCCAGGAAAUUUUCGUGUUUAGUCACCUCGUUUGCUAUACAAUCUUCGCAUACACAACGACGAAAACCACGUAGAUGUACGACAAUGGUGAUAUACGAGACCCUUUAACAGAAGACAAAACUUAUAAUAGGAAUUGAGGUGUUUAACUUCGCAAUAUUAUCCAUUUGUCGUAAAAUGUCAUGUAGCAUUUUCUUUCAUGUUUUGUCGAUGGUGAAUAUAAAAUAAAAUUUGUUCGUAUAUCA